AGUCAGGGGGCAUUAUUCCUGUUCUCGGCAAAAGGUGGCAAACGAUAAAACGACCGUGCGCUUCUAGCUCUGCCACCAUAAACGAAUCCCUCGGUGUGGCCGAGUGCCAGCUCUCCGUGCCUUGUUCCAAUCACCACCCUUUUACGCAAUUUAUUGAAUGGUAGUAGUUGCCUAGAUGCUUUAAUGAGUCCCGAGUUAUUUGUCUACGCGCUGAGCAGUUGGACCAUUUAGGCUACUACUAAAGCACUUCCACGGGAAAUUUACGGUCCUCGUCCGACAUUUCUCCAGCUGCAGACUGUGUGCAACGCAACCUCGCGCCGCAAUGAAUGUGCCAUGCAACUACGUGCCAGCGUUCUGCGCAAAAAGGUUACGGUGGACCUUUUUGCUGCUGCUCUGGUUAACCUGUUGUGUUCACCAGACAGGGGCUACGAUGCCGAGAAAGUUUUCAAGUAGCACACAGCCUAACAAAGACACAUCCGGACCGUUACGAACACCGAUUUACGAGAAAAGAAAUUGGUGUCCUCACACUGUAACGAAAACAGUGACGUGUCACGUGCACAAUGGGACGGUUUUCCAGCGCGUCUACCAGACCUGCCGCUGGCCGCAGGGUUGCACUGGAGGAAGCUAUCGUACCGUGGUGCGCCCAUCCUAUAAGGUGGUCUACCGCACAGUCUCCUCUCUGGAGUGGAAGUGUUGCCCUGGCUUCACUGGAGCCAACUGCGAGACGGCUUCAGGAAACCAGCUUCCAGCCCAAGAGGCCGUGCGGAAACAGAACUUGGUCACCAAGUCACCUCCACAAGCUGGAGAAACGCAAAGAUGCCAGAACUGUAGUCAAGUGACUGUGCUGUCUGAUCGUCUGAAGACUCUAGAAGCAAAGGUUCAGCUCCUCAGUAGUCCUGCAUCUUCGAGUGACCAACUGCAAGGCAAAGGUCCAGCCCAGCCCAAAGGACCACCCUCAGACUCCCCUCUAACGGGAAAACCUGGAGCUCGGGGACCCCCUGGCCCAAAGGGGGAUGCUGGUUUGAGGGGUCCGGCUGGAGCACCUGGCUCACAAGGAACAUCAGGACCUGCAGGACCCCGUGGGCCACCAGGUCUCCCGGGAGAGAGGGGACUUCCUGGGCCGCCUGGCCCCCCUGGCCCUCCUACACAAACAGAUAUCGGCCACUCAAAAGAUCUACUUCUAUCUAAUGCUUUUCCUGACCAAAGAUCAACUGCACAGGGUCCGCAGGGGCCCCAAGGGCCAGUAGGUCCAGUAGGUCCUCCUGGACCCGUUGGUCCAGUGGGCCCGCCUGGCCGAAUCGGACCAAAUGGGAAUCCAGGGGCACCAGGUCCACAAGGCGCAGUGGGUCCUAAGGGGGCACCAGGUGAAAAGGGACCUCUGGGAAACCCAGGAGACAGAGGGUUCAAAGGAGAUCCAGGUGAGCGAGGACUGAAGGGUGAGCCCGGAGAGAAAGGCCUACCGGACGUUAGUUUGCAGAUGUACCGUGACCUGCAAGCAGACCUUGAGCUUCUCGCUCGAAGGGUCCAACUGCUCGAAGCAAUCAUCUGGCCAGAGCCAGACAUCGGAUCAGGAGAUGGGCCAUUUAGUCUCACGGCAGACGACUUCACUCGGAACAAGAGGAGAACGGGACCCCUGUCAUCUCUCCGUCUUUCUCUACCAUCUCCUCUGACUGUCAAGAAAAAGCCUUCUGGAAAUUAGCCAGGAG